AUGGCGCCUCAGGGGCUACGCGUUGCGGCAGUCGCCAGCUUCGUUCCAGCAUUCCCGCUGCUCCUCGCGCACGGCAUUGUCUCGCACUCACCAGUCCCCGCGACGGGCCUCGUCCCGCUCUUCUUCUCGUCGUCAUUCUCGCUCUUCAUCCUACGCCGACGCGCGCGACGGGCACAGGCUGCCGCUCAGAACACCAGCGUCGACCGUGAGCGGCAGCCUCUCCUCCCCACCGAGGAAGGGCAGCAAGUUGCAGGAACCGAUGCCGCCACCACCACCAACGACGACGAGGACGAGGACGCGCAAGCCAGCGCCAGCAACGGCAGCGACAUCCACGACCGCUUUCCCAUCCUCGUCUUCCUCGCAGACGUCAUCUUCGCGGCCGCCAUUCUGACCGUGCUCGUCUUCACAUGGCUCAACUCGAGCCAGCUGAGCGGACAGCUUGCCAUGCUCGCCGCCUACGGGACAAUUCCCCUUCUGAUCAACGUUCUUAUCCACCUCCUCUUCGCGGUACGCGGCCUUUCCUCCGGCCUCGCGCUGCCCGAGCUGACACGCUACGUCGCAUGGCAGCUUGUGCCGGGCGAUUGUCCCGACUGCGGACACCACCUGCGCCCAGAGUCCGGCCCGGAAAUUCCCUGGUUUAAAUCCAUUAGCCGUGCUGUCAACUCGGCUAGGGAGAGGGAGUGGACGUUUCCCAAGCUGCCGGAGGUCAGGAUGCCUGACAUGUCUGGUCUGAAAGGGUGGGUUGGUGGACGUGCUAGUGCUGAGGACGAGGACGAGCAUGACACUGCACGAGACGAUGCGGGAGCCACCGAGGGCAGGUCGGGAAGGAUGCCGCAGUGGCUGCGACGACCUGCGUGGCUGAGCUAUGGAGGCGUGGACGAGCAGCAGCGUGCCGAGGAAGGCGACGAUGAGGAGGCGCGCUUGUUCAUCGACCGCGAUGCCUCUACAUACCGCGACGACGAGGAAGACUAUGGUGUGGGUUCUACCCGGACUCAAGGUCUCCAGAGCCCGGCCUCGACCUCGGCUGAGGAAGUUGUCGUUGUGGGCAAGAAGAAGCAGCGCAAGAUUACUUCUCCUGAUCCUGCAAGUGAUGAGCCGAGCUGGUGA